AGCCCACCUUUACUCUUCGCCAUCUGUAGUCAAUCUCCUUUGGAGCUUUCCUGCUGCUGAGCUCCCCAAGUCUCAAGAGAAAAAAGAAAGUACCUUCUCUGCCACAGGAAAACAACCAGUUUCCUGAGCUUGAGAGAUGAGGGAUGGAGCUGACACCACACUCACUUCUUCAAACGAGCACCACCAAAUCCUUAGAUUCCUAGAAUUCUCCCUCAGGCUCUCUGUGAUCCCUCUCAGUGUUGCCUCCCUUUGGCUGAUGGCCAGCAACAAGCAGUCCAGUGAUACCUAUGGGAAGGUGGAGUUCAGCAACCUAUCGGGGCUCAAGUAUUUGGUUGGCAUCAAUGCCAUUUCAACCGGGUAUGCUAUUGCUUCUGUUCUCCUCUUGUGCCUCAGAUGCUUCAACAGUGACUGGCAUCUGUUUAUCUCAGACCAGGUUAUGGCAUAUUUAAUGGUGACAUCUGGGUCUGCAGUGGCUGAGGUGCUCUACUUGGCAUAUGAGGGUGAUAGGGAUGUCUCAUGGAGUGAGGUGUGCAGUUACUAUGGGAUGUUCUGCAGCAAGAUCAAGGUGUCAUUGGCGUUACAUUUUGCGGCCUUGGUCUGCUUCGUUGUUUUGUCUCUCAUCUCUGCAUACAGGAUCUUCAGCAAGUUUGAGGCCCCUUCUGUGCUAUCUGAAGAACUUGGGGAACAGGGGUAGCUCUGUUUUGAGCUCUUCAAUGUAGUGUUUGUUUUCUUUUGCUGUUGUGGUUUGUGGAGUUGAUCAAGUCACUAAAAGAUUGAAGAUAUUAAUGGCAGAAAAUCGUUUAAUGUCUUGUGCUUUGAAGACUUUUCAAGCAUGACUAAUUUAUAAGUUAAUUUUU